AUAUUGUACCCUUUUUUUGUUUUGUUUUAAUAUCAUCUCAGUAAGUAGCCUUGCCUGGCCCCAAACUCACUAUAUAUACCAGGUUUGUGUUGAACUCUUAGGUCGCAGCCUGCCUCAGCCUCCUCUGAGUGCUGGGGUCAAAGGUGUGCACCACACCCAGCAGCACUCGUACUCUUUUUUAGGAUGGUAAGGCAGUUGGCACUUAACAUCCUUCCCAGACAGAAUAAGAAUAAAUAAGAAUAAUAUUUACAUAUUCUAGAUUAUUUUCAUCUAAAUGAAAAAUCCUCCUUUUCAGAUCUUCCCACUUCCUUAUCCGUGGUAACUGAGGGAAUUACUUAGUCUCUUCCUGCUUAUUUCUGAGUCUCGUCUGAACUAUUCCUGACACUAUGAAUGCUAUUUGGAUGCCUCUUAAGUCUGUUCUCAGGGGAGGCAGCAAGGGGCCGUGGAGCUGGCCUCAGCACUGGGAGAGGCUGGACUUCCUGUCUCUCUGUGCUGAAUGGCUGCGAUGGCGCCCGCUCUCACUGACGCAGCAGCUGAAGCACACCACAUCCGGUUCAAACUGGCUCCCCCAUCCUCCACCUUGUCCCCUGGCAGUGCCGAAAAUAACGGCAACGCCAAUAUCCUUAUAUCUGCCAACGGAACCAAAAGAAAAGCCAUUGCUGCAGAGGAUUCUGGUCUAGACUUCCGAAAUAAUCCUACCAAGGAAGACUUGGGAAAGCUGCAACCAUUGGUGGCAUCUUAUCUCUGCUCUGAUGUAACAUCUGUUCCGGCAAAGGAGUCUUUGAAAUUACAAGGAGUUUUCAGCAAGCAGACAGUCCUUAAAUCUCAUCCUCUUUUAUCUCAGUCCUAUGAACUCCGAGCUGAGCUGUUGGGGAGACAGCCAGUUUUGGAGUUUUCGUUAGAAAAUCUUAGAACCAUGAAUACAAGUGGUCAGACAGCUCUGCCACAAGCGCCUGUAAAUGGGUUGGCUAAGAAAUUGACUAAAAGUUCAACACAUUCGGAUCAUGACAAUUCCAGUUCCCUCAAUGGGGGAAAACGGUCCCUCACUUCAUCUGCUCUGCAGGGAGGUGAAGUGGGAGGAUCUGACUCUGGGAACUUGAAGGGGGGUAUGACCAAUUGCACUCUUCCACAUAGAAGCCUUGAUACAGAACACACAACUCUAUAUAGCAAUAAUAGCACUGCAAACAAAUCUUCUGUUAAUUCCAUGGAGCAGCCGGCACUUCAAGGAAGCAGUAGGUUAUCACCUAGUACAGACUCCAGCUCUAACUUGACAAAUGUUAAGUUAGAAGUCAAAAAGUCUCCUCUGUCUUCCAUUCUUUUCAGUGCUUUAGACUCUGACACAAGGAUAACAGCUUUACUGAGGCGGCAGGCUGAUAUUGAGAUCCGUGCCCGCAGGUUACAGAAGCGAUUACAGGUUGUACAAGCCAAGCAAGUGGAGAGGCAUUUACAGCACCAACUGGGUGGAUUUUUGGAAAAGACAUUGAGUAAACUGCCAAACUUGGAAUCCUUGAGGUCUCGGAGCCAGUUGAUGUUGACCCGAAAGGCUGAAGCUGCCUUGAGAAAAGCUGCCAGUGAGACUGCCACUUCAGAGGGACUUAGCAACUUCUUGAAAAGUGAUUCAAUUUCAGAAGAAUUGGAGAGAUUUACAGCUAGUGGCAUAGCCAAUCUGAGGUGCAGUGAGCAAGCAUUUGAUUCAGAUGUCACGGACAGUAGUUCAGGAGGGGAGUCUGAUAUUGAAGAGGAAGAACUGACUCGAGCUGAUCCUGAGCAAUGCCAUGUACCCCUGAAACGCAGAUCUGAAUGGAGAUGGGCUGCAGACCGAGCAGCUAUUGUCAGCCGCUGGAACUGGCUUCAGGCCCAUGUUUCUGACUUGGAAUAUCGAAUUCGUCAGCAAACGGAUAUUUACAAACAGAUACGUGCUAAUAAGGGGUUGAUAGUCCUUGGGGAGGCACCUUUCCCAGACCAUACAACAGACUUAUUUUCACUUAGUUCUGAGGUGAAGACAGAUCAUGGGACUGAUAAAUUGAUUGAGUCUGUUUCUCAGCCUUCAGAAAACCAUGGUAUUCCUGUUAGUCAUAUUUCAGAGUCCUUGUCUACCAAAUCAUGUGGAGCACUGAGACCUGUUAAUGGAGUUGUUAACAGUCUUCAGCCUGUCCUGGCAGACCAUGUUCCAGGUGACAGUUCUGAUGCUGAGGAACAAUUACAUAAAAAGCAACGGCUGAAUUUAGUUUCUUCAUCGUCUGAUGGCACCUGUGUGGCAGCCCGAACUCGUCCUGUACUGAGCUGUAAGAAACGGCGGCUUGUUAGGCCUAGCAGCGUUGUUCCUCUUUCUAAGAAGGUUUACCGGAAUAGCACCGCCCGCUCUGGCUGUGAUGUCAAUCCCUCUUGUGCUCUGUGUGGUUCAGGCAGCGUAAACACCAUGCCUCCUGAAAUUCACUAUGAAGCCCCUCUGUUGGAGCGUCUUUCUCAGUUGGACUCUUGUGUUCACCCUGUUCUAGCAUUUCCAGAUGAUGUUCCCACAAGCCUGCACUUCCAGAGCAUGCUGAAGUCUCAGUGGCAAAACAAGCCUUUUGACAAGAUCAAACCUACCAAAAAGUUUUCACUUAAGCACAGAGCACCCAUGCCAUGCAGUCUGUCAGAUCCAGUUCGUAAAGACAGGCAUAAGUUGGUCAACUCCUUCCUUACAACAGCCAAGCUGUCCCAUCACCAAACCCGGCCUGACAGGACCCCCAGGCAGCACUUAGACGGUGUGGGGGCUGUGCCCAUGGUGGAGCGAGUGACAGCUCCCAAAGCAGAGCGCUUGCUCAGUCUACCGCCACCUGUCCAUGACCCAAACCACAGCAAAAUGAGAUUGCGAGACCAUUCAUCUGAGAGAAGUGAAGUGUUGAAGCAUCACACAGACAUGAGCAGUUCGAGCUACCUGACAACUACUCACCAUCCACCACACAGCCCCCUGGUGAGACAGCUCUCCACCUCAUCAGACACCUCCACACCCACCAGCUCUAGCUCACAAGUUGCAGCCAGCACAUCUCAGCCAGUGAGGAGGAGAAGGGGAGAGAGCUCAUUCGAUAUUAACAACAUUGUCAUCCCGAUGUCUGUUGCUGCAACAACUCGUGUUGAGAAACUGCAAUACAAAGAAAUCCUUACUCCAAGCUGGCGAGAGGUUGAUCUUCAGUCUCUGAAGGGGAGUCCUGAUGAAGAGAAUGAGGAGAUCGAGGACCUAUCUGAUGCAGCCUUUGCCGCCCUGCAUGCCAAAUGUGAGGAGAUGGAGAGGGCAAGGUGGCUGUGGACCACAAGUGUGCCACCCCAGCGUCGGGGCAGCAGGUCUUACAGGUCAUCAGACGGCCGGACCACCCCGCAGUUGGGCAGUGCCAACCCCUCCACCCCUCAGCCUGCCUCUCCUGAUGUCAGUAGUAGCCACUCUCUGUCAGAGUUCUCCCACGGUCAGUCUCCUAGGAGUCCCAUUAGCCCAGAACUGCACUCAGCCCCUCUUACCCCCGUGGCUCGGGACAGUCUGCGACACUUGGCCAAUGAAGACACCCGUUGCUCCACACCAGAGCUGGGGCUAGAUGAACAGUCUGUCCAACCGUGGGAGCGGCGGACCUUCCCUCUGGCUUACAGUCCCCAGGCAGAAUGUGAGGAGCAGCUGGAUGCACAGGACAUAGCAGCCCGCUGCACUCGCCGCACCUCAGGCAGCAAGACUGGUCGGGAGACAGAGGUGGCACCCACCUCGCCUCCUGUUGUUCCCCUCAAGAGUCGGCAUCUGGCAGCAACAGUUGCAGCUCAGCGCCCAACUCACAGAUGAGCGGGAAAUGAGACUCUAUACAGACUCACUACUAUUGGCAUUAAAGCUUCAGAAAUCUCUGCGUUUGAUAUUCAAACAUCA